AGUAGCUUAUUAGCGCUGUUUCUGCUGUGAUGUGCUACUGUGCAUUUAACACCUUGUGUAGACACACCCACUGUGUAGGAAACGUAAUUUUGAAGCUAGCUUAUUUGAUGCGUGUGUGAUGGAAAAGAGUGAACCCUUCCUAAGCGCAGCUACCAUUUAACCUCUUUUCCAGUAGGACCCAUUCCUUCUCAACUUGUUGUGAGGGAAGCUGGGCUGCAGUGGGAACAAACCUGGAAAAGGCAGGGAUGUGUUGGGUCAGGAGACAGAUGAAGCAGAGAAUAAGAAUCAACCAGAGGGGAGGAAGGAAAAUUAGAUUUUCACAGGGAGGUAAGAGGGCAAGAAGAGUAGCACUUGGUGAUGUGGGAGGGCCCAUGUCAUUCUCUGCCUUGAUAUACACUCCUUCUUCCAGCUCUUGUAAAAGUUUCACCUGGUUCAAAAAGUGUGUUGGUACUGUUCCUGUUUCUUUAUUCUGGGGCUGAGUUGGCAUGAUUCUUUGCUACUGCUGUACGAGGGAAGGAUUAGUUUGCAAUUAAGAUGCAGUGGGAUUUGGGAAUAAUGGGUUGCUUCCAGACUUGGCUUUUUUAUCAGAUAGCUUCGUGACCUAGGGCACCGCUGUUUCCCACUGAAAAAUAGGGUUUAUGAUGAUCACAGUGUCAUGCUCCAGCGUGGAUUUUUGAGACUACUCAUUACAGUUUGGAAAGCCUUUCCGAAUCAUCUGAGGGAAAGUGCUGUAAAAAUGCACAGACUCUCAUUUGCUGGCUUUAUUGCAGAAAGACUGGCAUUUCAGAAACACCUUUCUUAGUGUGUGGUGUUACACAUCCAGCAGCACGCUGUUUCUCCACCUUUCUGAAGAUAACAGGACCUCCUCUUUUACAUUUUUUGGUUCCCUAAAAUAAUUUACCAUGUCUUUCUUCCUUAACUAGCUAUUUUAACAUAAAACCGGAUCCCAGCUCAAGGUGAUUUAAACAGUAAUCGGGUGCUUUGCAGACUCCCCCAGCAAUUCUCCAGCCACUGCAAUCUGACAGACUGUGCAUUAGUUGGAGGUUAACCAGUGUGCAGUUCAGGGUGCUGAACAACUGCAUAGACAGCUUUUCUAAAGGCACGUAAAAUUUGCCUAGAAUGGAGCAGACUGCAGCUAGUCAUCUCCUCAAAGAGGAUGUAGGUGUCUGGGAGCCACAAGACAAGAAGGGCAGCAGGCAGAAAGGCACAAGUGGUUCUGAAACAGCCCCAGCCAGUCAAGAGAGGGAGGGCUAUGACAAGGAAGGAAAGACAGAAGGACAUCUUACCAUGAAGCAGUUCACGGAUGAAGAUGUACAGUAUUACCUCCAGACCAAGGUGGAACAGCGACACCUCCUGGUGUCCAAAACAGUGGAUGAAGUGCAGAUGAUGAUCCAGCAGCUGACCACGGAAGUUAGCUGCAGGGACAUACGAUUCCAGCCCAUCUCCAACUCUGGCAUUCACAAUGAGAAUUUUAAGGUCUUAACACCUAGCCAGUUCCUCAUGACUGUCCCACUGCGUGGCCUGACUGGGUACAAGGAGCGCCAGGUGCGGCGCUGGCGGUAUUACACUGUGCAAGGAGAAAAGCUCCUCUCCUCAGUGCGGAACCCAGAGGAGCUGCACCAGUGGCUGGAGGUGGAGCAGUUUUCAAAGAGCCUCCAGCAGUGGCACGACACAGAUAUGAACUUCGAAGGUGAUCUUGUUCCAGCCAAAGUCCUUGCUGUCUUCCGGGACCUGGUGGAGAAGUCGAUUAUAACCUGUGAUCUCUCCAGAAAAAUCAGCCUUUUGGAGAGCUUCAGUUCAGUGGUGCGAGUUGCUGUGGAAACAUCAGACCUCCAAGUAGAGGUGGAGCUGGUGCCUACAGUGGAGAUCUUAACCUGCUGGCCAGAGAAGGCCCAGUGGCCUCGCUGCCUCAGGCGCUGGCCUUCCCAGGAGAAAGUGCAAUGUGUGAAGUCAUUUGGCUUUAACCUCUUGGCCCGCUCCAAUUACCACUGGCAGCUGGGCUUCUCUCGAGCUGAGUGCCUAUUGAUGGAGGGCAUUGAUGAGGAUGGGGGGUGCCGCAUGAAGUGCUUCCGGGUCAUGAGGCAGAUGAAGGAAGACGUCUGGUGCAAAGGAAACAAGCCUGUUCUCACUUCCUACCACCUCCAAAUGGUGCUGCUCUGGACCUGUGAGAAGUACCCGCGUGCCAAGGACUGGCGCUACUUCCGGGAGGGCUUCCUGCGCUUGGUACGGAAGCUGCACAAGUGUGUGAGCCAGCACUUCCUGAAGCAUUACUUCCUCAGGGAUGCAAACCUGUUCCAGUAUGCCAACACCAGUGACCUGGACCUGGUGGCAGGCAAACUGAUCAUCUUCCUGGAGAACCCUGUGCUCUGCCUGGACUGAACUACCAGUGCCUCCCCAUCCAGUCCCGUCCAUACCCCAAGCUCCUUUUGUGGCUUGUGGUUGCUCUUCCUGCCCUUCCACAGACACUGAUCAAAUGCAUCAUGAAACAGAAGAGUCCAGCUGGGUAUGGGUAGAGACCAAGACCACAUGCCAAGCGAGUGCCAUGUGCCAUCUGUAGUUGAAGUCACUGCCAUCCAAACCCCUAAGCCACCAGGCAGAGCAGCACAGCCCUCCUAGUGGUCAGUUCUGUAAUGUCUAAACCAAAGGCAGCAUGGGCUAGUGGCAAGAGCAAGCACCUGCCACCCACUCUGUAACCAUGUGCAUGUCACUUCACCUUUCCGUGUCUCCCCACACUGAUGUUUUAAACUGGGUUAAUCUCCACUUUCCUCAGCAGGUUGUUAAAAGGAUAGAGGACUGAGCACAUGUAGAGAGUUCAGAGGUGUUUGGAUGGAAAUUUCUGCUGAAGCACCAUGUAUUGUUAUUUCCAAUACUCCAUCUGCAGCUCCACAGAACUUCCACCUCUCUAAAGACAAUUUAAUAGAUCAUUGCAU